UGCCCCUUUUUAGUGAUGAUGUGACGAUAAAUAUAGACAUGCUAUGUUGUGAAAUAGGCUCGUGUUUCCAUGAUAUUUUUGAAAGUAGAUGUUUAAAUGAGCUAAUUAGAUUGUGAUUUAUUGGCUUUGCAAGUCAGUCCUCAGUUCUACAUUUGCAUUUUAUUCAAAUCGUUUCAGCGUCUUGUACCCGAAUAACCUAUUAGGUUAGCUUUUCGUCCAAUCAUAUUGCCCAAACUGUUUCAUGAAUACACGUUUAUUAGGAUUAUGAUUCCAGUACCAGUAGCUACGUUAACGUUAAUAAUGAAAAAUUAUGAAACAACUAUUUCAUUGACAACUUUUCUACCAGGCUACAGAACGUAAAUGAAAACUACUAGUGAAUCCAUUGCUGCUGUAGCUUUAACUGUUAGCUACUCCUACCAGUGAAAACGAGCGGCUUCAGUGUAGUCUUCGGCAGGCCGUUGUGCGACGCAGGUUGGCGAAGGAGAAUGGCUAAUACCAGCUGGAAGAACUUUUUCCUUUCACUCAUCGACUACAAAACGGAGAAAUAUGUUAUCGCAAAAAACAAGAAAGUUGGUGUACUGUUCAGGGUUUUUCAGUUGUCUGUUCUUGCCUACAUUAUCGGGUGGGUCUUCCUGACAAAGAAAGGUUAUCAGGAAAGGGAUGAUGCAAUUCAGAGCUCUGUGAUCACUAAACUGAAAGGAGUUGCUCUCACCAACGCCACAGAUAGUGGAGUACAUUUGUGGGGGGCAGAAGAUUAUGUUAUCCCUCCACAGGGUGAGAGAGUCUUCUUCAUAAUUACAAAUUUCAUAGAGACGCCAAACCAGAGGCUUGGCUAUUGCGCUGAGAGCACCAGGGUGCUUGAUGGUCAUUGUAGGCAGAAUGAAGACUGCACUGAAGGGGAGGCAGUCAUAUCUGGAAAUGGGAUAAAGAGUGGGCGCUGUUUGAACUCUACAGGUACAUGUGAGAUAUAUGGCUGGUGUCCCAUUGAAAAACGACACAAACCAAAGGAAGCAAUUUUACGAAAAGCUGAAAACUUCACAGUCUUCAUAAAGAACUUCAUCAGGUUUCCUAAAUUUCAGUUUUCAAAAUCGAAUAUCCUGGAGACGAACGAUGACAUGUAUUUAAAAAAAUGCCGUUAUAAUGAGACCCAGCAUCCAUACUGCCCCAUAUUCCGCCUGGGAGACCUUGUCCACUGGGCUGGCCACAGUUUUCAGGACAUGGCUUUGCUGGGGGGGUCAAUCGGAGUUCUGAUACAGUGGAAAUGCGACCUGGACAAGGAUUACUCAAAGUGCAAUCCCCAGUACAGCUUCACUCGGCUCGAUGUGAAGUCCAAUAACUCCAUCACUUCUGGAUAUAACUUCAGAUAUGCCCGCUAUUACAAAGAUGGAGCAGGGCAGACUUACCGAACACUGUUUAAAGUGUAUGGGAUCCGCAUUGACAUCAUGGUGACCGGAGAGGCUGGAAAGUUUAAUAUUAUCCCCACCAUAGUAAAUAUUGGCUCAGGGCUUGCUUUAAUGGGUGCAGGAGUGUUCUUCUGUGACAUGAUACUGCUGUACUUGAUGGAGAAGAGCACAUUCUACAGAGAGAGCAAAUUUGAAACUACCAAGUACGAAUCCGCCAGAUGGAAACAUAAGAGCAGAGAACUAAAACCUUUGCCAGAAGAUGGAACACCCAAUAGACAGGAUGUAUGGAAAGGGAAAUUCAUCGAUCUGUCAAGAAAUAACUCAGAAGUGAGCAGCUAAGACUGGCUUUGCCGGCACCGUCAGUGAGCAGGACUGGUGUCUCGGGCGUGGGGUGAAGUGCCGGCUGCUGAAUUCGGUCGGAGUUCCUCCUCCCUUCCCCGAUCGGCACUCGGAAUACAGACCAGUACAGGAAGAGACAGGGCCCUGAUAUCUCAGCCGACAGGCUGUUGUCACACAUCGAUUUGACUGGGCUGCAACGCGCGGCUGGAAAACGAGAACUGCCAUCAAAGAGAAUACCAUUCCUGUGUAUUUCCUUGUUGCAGUUUUCUGAAAAUGACAAGCAGGGUACAUUUUGACCUUUGUCACAAAGGUUGUUUUGUCUGUUUGUUGUGAGACUUUUCUGUUGUGAUGGACAUAAUCUCUCAGCAUGAAGUCACUCAUAUAAACCAUAGCAGUCUGAUUUAUACGGAGGCGUUUCUGAAAAUCUUACCGUCCAACACAAGGUGGUUUUUGCAACAGCAACUGUAUCUUUUGUAGGUCAGAAAUGGAAUGCUAAUCAAAUACGAUUUGCCUGCGAUGCCAGUGAAAUUAAACCUUUCCAGUCAAAUCUAGUACUUAAAGUAGAAUUUGAAAAAUCAAAUGUGUAUUUAUGGUGAUAUAAGAUGCAUGAUAUGUAAAUUCUUGGGGCUAAUUUCAAUAACAAAUAUUUGACUGACUAUAUUGACUGAUGCCAAUAUUGAGUCCUCCCUGUUUUACAGUGCAAAUGCAAACUGCUUCCACAACUAGUGAAGGAACAAGUAAUAAUUAUUUAUAUUUGUUUCAAAAUGCGUAAUUUAUUAAAUGGAGAGCAAGGUUUUUUUUUUUUUGGUUGGUGAGUGGCUGUUUUAGUUUUCUUCUUAAAAAUAAAAUGUGGGUUCAUUUU